UCAAUUUUUUUUUUCUGUUCUGGAAUCAACCCCAAUCUUCGCCUUCUUUGUUCCCUCUGCAGCCUCGAAACACUGUGUUCACUGUUUGCUUGCUUACUUCAAUGGCUUUCGCUCACUACUUGGUUUCCGUACCCUCUGCAGCCUCGAAACACGCCAAAACUCCAAUAAUGCCGUUUUCAACUUCUUCUCCUUCUUCUGUUGCGAAGUUUUCUCUGACUUUCGCUUCGUCUACUCUUCGAUCGAAGGCUCGAAAGCUUUGUAUUCGUAGGUUUCGCAGAAUCGUACCUAAAGCUGAGGCUAAGUCUCCAGAACCUGAAGUCAGCUCAGGUACAGAUGCAUUUACCCAUUUCAAGCAUCUGCUUCUGCCAAUCACAGACCGGAAUCCAUAUCUUUCUGAAGGAACAAGACAGGCUGCUGCAACUACUGCUGCUUUAGCAAAGAAGUAUGGGGCUGACAUUACUGUUGUGGUUAUCGAUGAAAAGCAGAGAGAAUCACUGCCGGAGCAUGAAAGCCAAUUGACAAGCAUCCGCUGGCAUCUCUCAGAAGGUGGAUUCCAGGAAUUCAGAUUAUUAGAGAGACUUGGGGAAGGUAACAAGCCGACAGCUAUAAUUGGUGAGGUUGCAGAUGACUUGAAUUUGGAUUUAGUGGUCAUAAGCAUGGAAGCAAUCCAUUCCAAGCAUGUUGAUGCAAACCUGCUGGCUGAAUUUAUUCCCUGCCCAGUCUUACUUCUGCCGUUGUAAAUUUUUUCAUAGACCAAGUUAUUAAUGAAUUGUGUUGCAAAAGCCAGUUUUCUCUUGUUGGGCUUCUGUGAUCUACAGCAUUUUGACUUGUUAAUUUUGCUUGAUUCUGGCCUUAUGGGUCUUUGGUUAAGAGUAAGAUAAUUGGUACCAGGGUUAUUUCAUUUAACCCCUGUAAAGGGACCAAUCUACUUGUGUACUAUCUUGAUUGAUCUGGCUUUUGUUUCUUUGUUAA